CGAAUGGGGCCCGCUGAAGCUGAUGUAGCUGAUUGAUUUUAAUGGUUUGAUCAAGUCCAGAAUUUGGCAGUUGCAUCUUAUCAUUUUCCCGCGUAUUUUUGAGGCUAUGGACUUGCGGGCUUUUGUGCUUAAAGACAACACCGUGCUCUCUCAAUUCUUCAAAACUGCACCACAAGAAACUUAGAGAUGAGAUUACAGAGACAAUGGGUGUUUAGGGUUCCGCAAAUCAAGAACAGAAAGCCAUUUCUCUUUCAAUCGCAAGCUUCACGCUCCUUCUGCCAGCUUCAAUCAAAGCAGCAGCAAGAAAAACGGUAUUCUUCUUUUGGAAUCGCGUUCGACAUUGAUGGGGUUAUUCUUCGUGGUCGUGUUCCCAUUGGUGGUUCUCCUCAGGCUUUAAGGAGAUUGUAUGGAGAUUCUGGGUCUUUGAAGGUUCCCUUUUUGUUCUUGACAAAUGGAGGUGGCAUUCCAGAAUGUAGACGAGCCAUUGAGUUGAGUGAAAUUCUGGGUGUAAAGAUUUUACCUUCUCAGGUUUUACAGGGUCACUCACCUUUUAAAAAUCUGUUGAAAAGAUAUGAGAAUCAACUCAUUAUUGCCACUGGAAAAGGGGAACCUGCUCUAGUGAUGUCUGAGUAUGGUUUCAAAAAGGUUCUCUCUUUGGAAGAGUAUGCCUCUUUCUUUGAGAAUAUUGAUCCCGUGUCUCAAUACAAGAGAUGGACAACUGACCAGGUAUCAAAUAUGACUAGGCGUAUUGUCUCUCUGAAUAUGACACCAAGAUGCAAUGUUCUUUCUGAAUCAGUUAAAGCAGUAUUUGUUGUCAGUGAUCCUGUAGAUUGGGGCAGGGAUAUUCAGGUUCUCUGUGAUGUUUUAAGAUCUGGAGGCCUUCCUGGACAGGAUAAUGGGCAUCAACCUCCUUUGUAUUUUGCUGCUGACGAUCUUGAAUAUCAGGUUGCUAGUAUGUUUAUUUAUUUCAACUUGGUUCGACUUUAUGUUCCUUUUCAGGCUGCAUUUCCUUCUCAGCGUCUUGGAAUGGGGGCUUUCAGAAUUGCUCUAGAGAGCGUCUUCAACAGAAUCCACCAUAAUGCUCUAGAAUAUGUAUCUUUUGGGAAACCAAAUCCAUUUGUAUUCAAGAAUGCUGAAGCUAUAUUGAGCCAGCUUCAGCUAUGUUGUCAUGAAUUUAAUUUCAAGGAAUGUGGAGGCCCUGAAUUACCUCCUCUGAAAACUCUUUAUAUGAUUGGUGAUAAUCCUUCAGUUGACGUCAAAGGUGCACAUCAGGCUGGAAAUCCUUGGUUUUCUAUUUUGACAAGAACAGGAGUUUUCCGAGGGGAAAGUAACCAUGCUGAGUUUCCUGCAGACCUGGUGGUAGAUACUGUCGAAGAGGCAGUGGACUACAUUCUGCGAAGGGAGUGCAGUAUCAUCUAACUUGCUCAAGUAACUUCUUUCAAUACCAUUCAUUUUAAUCUAUGUCAUGUAGGCUUGAAAUAAACCAGCAUUCCUCCUGAAGCAUGGUUUCAAUGGCGUAUUUUGUUGCUAGAAUCGGUCGCUACCAUGUUUCUGCAUUUAAGCUUCUGAAGUAGCUUUUAGACCACAAAACGUUCUUGGCUUUGAAUCUUUCUUAUUCCUUCCUGUUCUAAGAUUAUGGAAUUGGCAGGCCCCAAACCAUGUCUCUAGCUAAUGAUUGAACCUAAUUAUCGUGUAAAUCGAAUUUCGAUUCUUUUUGCCCCCUAAUAACCACUUAUUGACGGAACCUUGUUACCCUUUCCAUUGUUCUAAUUGAUAGGAAUGAAUUGUGUACUAAUUGUUGGUUUUUGUGAUU